UUGCCUUCGACCUCGUUUCACCGAGAGAGAGAAAUUGUUCACCUACACACAGCAAUUCGCGGUUUUCAAUUCCUUACCUAUCCAAUUUGGGGGAAGUUUCGAUUAUAUACACAAUGAUGUCCGACACAUAUUGUCCGGACUGCAAGAGGAACACGGAGGUCGUGUGCGAUCACGCGGCGGGCGACACCGUCUGCUCCGAGUGCGGCCUCGUGCUGGAAGCGCGCUCGAUCGACGAGACGUCGGAGUGGCGGACGUUCGCUGAUGAUUCCGGCGACCACGACCCCAAUCGCGUCGGAGGGCCCGUCAACCCGCUUCUGGGGGACGCCGCGCUCUCCACCGUCAUCUCGAGGGCUCCGAAUGGCUCCAAUGUGGACUCCUCUCUGACGCGCCUGCAGAACCGGGGCGGCGAUCCCGACCGGGCUCUGCUCAUGGCGUUUAAGGCGAUUUCUAGCAUGGCUGAUAGGUUGAGCCUUGUAACAACCAUUAAGGAUCGAGCAAGUGAAAUAUAUAAAAGGUUGGAAGAUCAGAAGUGUACAAGGGGUAGAAACUUGGACGCCCUAGUGGGUGCCUGCAUUUAUAUUGCUUGUAGGCAGGAAGGCAAACCACGCACAGUAAAAGAAAUAUGCUCAAUUGUUGCGGGAGCAACAAAGAAAGAAAUUGGCCGGGCAAAAGAAUUUAUAGUGAAACAGUUGAAGGUUGAUAAGGGUGGACCAGUGGAUUUGACAACGAUUCGUCCAGGGGAUUAUCUGAGACGUUUCUGUUCUAAUCUUGGCAUGACCCAUGAGGAGGUUAAAGCUGUACAAGAAACUGUGCAGAAGGCAGGGAACUUUGAUAUCAGGAGGAGCCCAAUAUCUAUUGCUGCAGCCAUCAUUUUUAUGAUAACCCAGAUAUCCGAAGCCAAGAAACCCCUAAGAGAUAUCUCACUUGCUACUACAGUGGCAGAAGGUACGAUCAAGAAUGCUUACAAGGAUCUCUACCCCCACGCUGCCAAGAUCAUACCCGAAUGGUAUUCAAAGGAAAGGGACCUCAAGAAUCUUUCCAGCCCUAAGUAGUAAAUGACAGACUUCUUGGUGUGGAGAAAUCACGGUCGCUUCUUUGAAAUGAUAAGAAAAUGGGUGGGAAAACGUAAAAUAGAAAACAGGUUAUACGGAUUUUUUCGGGCUGUGACAUCUGCAAACUUCCCAUUUUGAGGUUGCUUUGCUGUGUGGAAUGUUUUUUAACAUAUGUUGAUGGUUGAUGCAGAGUGAGCUUCAGUAUCACUCUUGUUUUGCAAAAUCUGAUUUGUGUAUAACUUAUUAUCAUAAUUGAUUUAA